UUUAGUAAGACCCACAGAGCAGCAGUACAUUUUUUAGCUUACAAAAUACCACAAGUACACAAAAUCCUCUGUUUACUGUCGCAGCUUUGGCAAAGCUUUCCUUUUUUGGCACCCAUGCCUUUGAGGAAUUGGACCAAAAGUAAACAGUAUUAUGUAAAUGUAUGACUAAAUCAAAUUAAGCACUUUUCCAAAAGCCCCUUUGUUUGGCUCAAUUAUAAUGCGGCUCUCACAGUUGCACUGUGAAGUGGCUCAUGCAAAAAUUUGGAGAGGGUGUCACUGAUCUCCAGCUGUGGACACUUGGACUGAACGGCAUAUUUUUUACUUUAACACAACAAUGGCACAGGAGAUAUGCGUUUUUCUAUUUUCAUUGACAGCUCUUGGUGUUCUUUACAUUAUGAACAAUGUUCCAGCAUUUCAAGAGCCGUUGGUUAUUCUGGAGACUGGAGUGGCUGUUCUUUUGGCGGUGUUCAUUUUGGUCUACGCUGCUACUCGCCACAAUCCCCCCAAAGAUCCUUUGUUCUACGUUUUUGCCGAAUUUUCCUUCACUUGUGUCAUUGACCUCACAAGCGCUUUGGAAUACGACGGCUUCAUCUCUGGAUUCAUGGAGUUUUACCAGGAAACGGGUGAGCCGUAUCUCGAUACGCCGUAUGCCAUUAUGAUGUGCUACUGGGAUGGCAUUGUGCACUUUAUCAUCUACCUGAUGUUGGUGCAUCGCAUGUCAAACAGGAAACAGUACCGUACAUUGGGGCUUUUUUGGUCUGGAUCACUGUGUGCCAAUAUGAUCGUGUUUGUGCUGGGAAUAGUGGCUGGUACAUAUGGCUCAGAGAUUCGUCCUGCCUUCUGGCUAAACAUGCCCUUUUUGCUGGUACCCAUAUGGGGAGCGGUGUCCCUGUUCUCCAGGCCGAAGGACGUGCCUCUUGUGGGUGCAUCCAAGGCUGAACGUGAACAGAAAAAGGUUUUAAUAUGGCGUCCAGUGGACCUGGGUCUUGUAAUUUACUUAGUGGCUGCCAUGGGCUUCAGUCUCUUUAGAGGACUGGCAGUUCUUGAUUGCCCACUGGAAAUCCUCGAACGAUAUGUGACAGAGUACGAACCAUAUCUGAAGGAUCCUGUGGGCUUUCCCAAACUUAUGAUGUUGUUGCUGCUGUUCCAUGGGUUUCCAGUGCUGGGUUCGUUUGUAUUUGGGCUGUGCACACCAGGCUGCAGCUGGAUGCUGGACUGGACGGUGUUUUUUGCAGGUGCCAUUUUACAGUGCCAGUGGUGUCAUAUAGGAGCUUCCCUGCACCCACGUACCGGAGAAAUGUUCAGAACCCCUUCCACGUCCCUGCUGCCCGUCCUCCUGCUCAACCUGCUUUAUGCCGCUGGUCCUGUAGUGCUCGCUCUGCGCUGCCAAAGAGACCCAGAAUAUUUCAUUACCAUUGCACCUAAGGGCCAAACUAAUCAUGAGAAGAAACUAAUCUAAACGCUAAGCUAAUUGUUAAAUUUUUGGGUUUAAUUUUAACGCAAAGGUUGGGCUCGUCCAUAUUUGACCCAACCCAUGUUGAUCAUGCAUUUUUGCUCAGUAUAUAAAGCCAACUUCAAGAUUUAAUUGGCAUUCGGAAUAGGGUGGCCAUUCGUGCCAGUUCCGCCGGACACGUCCCAAACAUGUUUUCGCGUUCGUUCUCUGGAAGUCGCGUUGGUCGACCGCAUACGUCAUCAAGGUUUAAUAUUUCGGGUUUAAUUUCAGAAAAGCAACCGUUACAUUUUAAGGUAAGAAUGAAACUACAAUGGUUGUAUGUCUUAAAAGAAAUAAAUCUUAAUUUUCUAAUGUAUUUUAACUGAAAUGUGAUGACGUAUGCGGUCGAGCAACGCGACUUCUGGAGAACGAACCCGAAAACAUGUUCGGCGGAACUGGCACGAAUGGCCACCCUAAUUCGGAAGCACUACACGUUAGUACUGAAAGAUUUUUCGACGUGUUUGUAUUAUAGGUUAUGUCACAAUACAUUUUUGGGGUCCUGAAAAGCCAAACUUUUGAAAUUGGUUUCAAUGUGCAAGUUUUGAAAAUUACUGUGUUAUCGUUUCCUUGUAAACGACAAAAACUCAAAUCUGUGAAAAGGUGACAUGAUGUGCAUGUGUAUUAUGUAUUCAGUCUGAAGACGGUUUCAUCGGGCAUACAUACGUUGUCAUGGUAACGCGUCUGGACGGAACUUAACUUCCGGUCUUUCGCGUUUGGAUGGAACUUAACUUCCGGUCUUUCUUUGUUCAAUUGUCUGGCCCGUUUUAUAGUUGUGCGUUAGUUCGGCUAUCCGUAGCCUGUGCGUAGCUCUGCGUAGCCUUACGUGCACCUCACAAAAAUUUUAACAUCGCAUCAGUUCUAUGCGGUCCACCAGAACCCCUCCGUCAGGUAAAAAACUGCGUCAUAGGUAUAUCCGUUUGCGACGGUGAAAACAAAGAAUGGCCAAGUUGAUGAGUGAUUCAACUCAAACUGCAACAAAAGUCGCUGUUUAUUUACUUCCAUCAUUGCUGGUCAUCUCAAAUCAUACACAACAAGUUGCUGUUUCUUCUUCGUUUGUUGGUUAUCUUGCCAAGCUUCUUCUUUUUUGACGGUCGCGCUGCUACUGUGGUUAUAUGCGUGGAUACUGCCUACCAGCGGUCUGCGCGCAUGUUUGCACAUCGACGCGGACGGCGACGCAAAAGUAUAAAUGAAAACCGACGCGGAACCUACGCCAUCGCGGCUACGCCGUAGGACCUACGCACAACUAUAACGAGGCUUUAAUAUGAACUCUGGAACAAAUACCUCAUCGAAAAUAACAAAUGUUCUGGUUUCCUAAAGAUCAGGAGAGAUUGCAAUUAUGGAUCACCGCUAUGUGAAUGGAGUUUUGGCAGCCAAUAUACAUUAUAGUACACAUUUACACAGUUGCUAUGUUUACAUGCACAAAAUUUGAAUUUAAUCCGAUUGAAGGUUACGACAAUACAGUUUACAUGCACCCUAAACAUUGUAAUCUGAUUAAAAUGUUUGUUUACAUGUACAUUCUAUAUAAUCCGAACCGAACGUCUGUGCAAGCACACAGCCAGGAUUGCCAGCUUCGCGUAUCAAAACCAUCUCAAUGGACAUUCAAAACUAGCCCAAAGGCAUCCCAAUGACUGUCCACAGCCCAAAUACCUAUAACUACCGAAAUCCUUUUAUCUAUAACCCGCAGAAACCAACCUGCGAAGACAGUUUAAUUUGCUCAAAUCUGAACUAGAAAAAAGCAGAGGACUUGGCAACGCCACCCAGUGCACAACAUCUCUCGAUAAGUUCACGCUUUAUUUCUGAAUAAAAGUACAAAGCUGAGUUGGAGAAAGUUGUUGUUAAGAAGUUUUCAGAUAUGGGCAAUGAAAACACAAUUUUCAAGAAGCACGACGCUAUUUUAUUGCUGUAUGCAGAAAUUUAUUGCAGAGAUAAACUACGCUAAAGGAC